AUGACUGAACAUGUUAUCCUUGUUCAUCCAACAGUGGAGCACUCUCUUCGUUUUUUCUUCAUUGCCUCUUCUGGAGUCCCAAACUUCCCAGAGUUUUUGAGCUCUAUGGAAAUUGAUGAAACUGAGGUGGCUUACUGCAACAUCAGUAAAAGCAUCCUGGAACCAAAACAGGACUGGGUAACAAAACUUUUAAAUGAAAAUCGUUACAUCAUGGAGAUGAUGAGCAACGAGUGUUUUGAAAAACUUCCCAUAAUCUUCAAAGCCGCCCUUAAUGGUGUGAUGCAGAGCUUCAAACAGAAUGAAGGUGUUCACAUCUUACAGUUGAUAAGUGGCUGUGAGCUGGAUGAGAAUACUGGAGAGGUUUCUGGUUUUCUCCGGGCUGGUUAUAAUGGAGAUGAUUUCAUGACAUUAGACAUGACAACAUUGUCUUGGACCUCUCAGCAAACACAGGCUGUCAUCAUCAAACAGAUAUGGGAUGCUGACAAAGGUUAUAUAAAGGAGAAUAAGAAGUUCUACAUGCUGAUCUGCCCAAAGUGGCUGAGGGGCUCAUUGACAUUGGCCAACAUUUCCAAAGAGAGAACAGAUCUUCCAAAAAUAUCACUCCUCCAGAAGACUCCUUCCUCUGCUGUCAGCUACCAUGCUACAGGUUUCUACCCUGACAGAGCCAUGAUGUUUUGGACCAAAGAUGGAGAGGAGACUCACAAAGGUGUGGACCAUGGAGAAAUCCUUCUCAACUACGAUGUAACGUUCCAGAUGUGUGUCAACAUUGACCUCUCAUCAUUCACACCUGAAGACUGGAGCAGAUACAGCUGUGUGUUUCAGCUCUCUGGUGUCAAAGAUGACAUCAUCAUCAAACUAGACAAAGGAGUAAUCAGGACCAACUGGGGUAAGAUGGAAGUCAGAAUCAUAAUAUUUUAAGGUAGCUAACUAAUAACCUCGUUAAACCAACAUCCCUGGUCAUGCAAGUCAUUAACAACAGAUUGAAUUGUAUCAACUCAAAUUCAAGUCAGUCUUAUUACAAUGUUAGGGCAGACAAGUAUGCAAGGCUGUAGUGGGUCUGUCUGUCUUUUCAA